AUGAAACUGCAGUUAUUGUCAGUGCCUGUAGCAAAUAUUGGCCUAUGCAUUUAUUCCCUAAAAAAAAUCCAGCUAAAAGCGUUUAUGAUAAAUUCCAGUUUGCCAAUUGCAGGAAUUCCCAGUACCUCCUCCAGCUGGCUGACAUUUCAAUCUUUCCAGCCAUCACUGCGAAGGCUGCAGCAGGGCAUAUCGCACGGCAUGUGGAGAGUGCGAAUGGCCUCCAAGCUAGAACUUAAUUCUGGUAGAAUAUUCGGCUUGAAUUUUAAGGAAAUUCAGACUCAGCUAAUAAAAGUGGCCGUUCACCUUUGA